GACGCCUUUGCGUACGUGUGGCUAGCGCGGUUGCUAUGACGCCCUGGCUCCUUAGGAACCUGGCCCUGUAGUCUCUUGGGCCAGGAAUUUAGCAACGCCGGGACCCUUUGCAGCACACAAGAGAAAAUUUUUGGUCUUCUUCCUGAAGUUCCGACUCAGUCCCGAGAAGGAAAACGUUCAUUCUUCCCCCUUUCCACAUUUCACGUCUUUUCCGCUUCUCUUCCAAGAAUGACCCGAAACUACAGGAGGAGUGCCUUUCUGCCUGGACAUUUCUAGCCCCAGGUUGGAGGGAUUCUGCUGCAAGGGUUUUCCUGUUUUCCUGGACUCAGCUGCCAAAGGCAUUUAGUAUGAGGUGCCGCUUUUAUUUAGAGAGCGGCUUAGAACACGCUCGGUGAGUUAGGUAGGCGUUGUUUUUCUCCCUUCACGGGUGAGGAGGCGCGCACCCUAACUGAUGACGGCUCCCCAAGGCCCAGGCCGCUACAAAGUCCACGGAGGCUGUCACAGCUUACUUUUACUUGCAGGCCGGUGAGCAAAGAACUGCCGUUUCCUGCUUUUUUGGCCGAUGUUCGUCGCGCAGAACCUUGAAUCCGGACGAAGCUUUGGAGGUCCUUGGUAACCUCAGCGUCAGAGGUCAUCAAAAGAGGAGACUGAAGCUUAAAGGGAAGUGGUAAAGAAAUUCCUGUGUUCCUUCUACCAGAUCAUCUAGCACUUAGGUGAAAGAUUACACAAACUAUGUAAUUUACCUGAAGGAAAAGAACCAUUUCUCAUAGUUAUGAAAAGGAACAUGAACAGCUUAGAUGUGAAUUUAAAGAGCUCCAACUCAAACGGAGCCCAAGUAAAGGAAUCUGAAGAAAUGUUGUAUGAAGAAGGCUUGUCCAAAAUAGCUGUGAAUGGCCCCAAUGAACAGACUGAAUACUUACUGGUGGAAAGAAGUACACCCUUGGGGAAAUUGGAACUUGUGGACUCCAAGUCAGACUCUCAAAAAUAUAUGAGCAGUAACCUACAGAAAGAAUUCCCUCAGUCUCAUAAUGAAGACCUGGAUAAAGAUACACCAUCACAAAACUGCCUAGAGAGAAAUGCGGAACACAUAACAGACAGGUUGGGGAUGGCCCAGGAGGAGAUCCAAAGGCUCACUCAUAAACUACAAAUGAAGGAGAAAGAACUGAGUAACUUAGAUUCUGCCCUUGAGAAAGCUCAACUAGAAAUUGGGAAACUGAAAGAAAAGGAUACAAUUGACCUACAGAAAGCAAAAGAACAUAAUCAGAGACUGGAUCAGGAAAUUUUGGCUUUAAGAAGUCGGGUUCGAUCACUUGACUCAGAAAAAAAAUUUCUUGGAGAAAUGGUUGAAAAACUUAAAGCUGGGAUGUCUGAAUCUCCAAAGAAUAAACAACUUGGAAACCACUCCCCUGAAAAAUCUGUGGGUGCUGAACAGAGAGUAAAGUAUCUCUCAUCUGGAGAAAAACUAAAAUAUGACCAGCAGGAGGAACUACAACAACUUCGCCAGAAUUUGCAUCGGCUCCAAAUCCUUUGCAACUCAGCUGAAAAAGAGCUUCGAUAUGAGAGAGGAAAGAACUUGGACUUAAAGCAACAUAACAGCUUACUUCAGGAAGAGAGCAUUAAGAUCAAACUUGAACUAAAGCAGGCCCAGCAGAAGUUGCUAGACAACACAAAGAUAUGCUGCUCUCUCAAGGCAGAGUGGAAGCACAGUCAGCAGAAAAUCAGGGAACUGGAGCUGGAAGGUCUAAGGCAGGCUCAGAGCAUUAAAUCACAGAACAACCUGCAGGAAAAGCUGGCUCAGGAGAAAUCAAAAGUUGCUGAAGCAGAGGAAAAGAUUUUGGACUUGCAGCAGAAAUUAGAACAUGCUCGUAAUGUCUGUCUCACAGACGCUUGUACUCUGAGGAAGAAGCAACUAGAGGAAAGAAUCAGUGAAGCAACAGAAAAUGAAGCUAAGUUAAAGCAGCAAUAUCAGGAAGAACAGCAGAAGAGGAAACUACUAGAUCAGAAUGUAAAUGAACUACUAAGGCAAGUGAGAACCUUACAAGAGAAAGAGAAUCAACUGGAAAUGACCAGUUCUCAGAAACAAGAAGCCUUACUUAAACAAUUCGAAAAUGAAAAAAGAAAAUGCGAUGAGCAUAUCAAGAGCAACCAGGAAUUGUCAGAGAAGCUGUCUGAGCUGCUGCAAGAAAAGGAAGCUCUAUGGGAAGAACACAAACAAUACCUGACGCAGCUCAACCAGCAGAUGAGUUUAUGCCUAGGAGUGGAAUUACUGGGUCAUCCUGCAACUCUAAAAUUCAAUGAAAAACAUCACCACCGCAAAGCCAAGUUUCAAAAGGCCAAGGAUCGUUUAGUUCAUGAAGUACAAAUACGAAAUAAGAGAAUUAAACAACUUGAAGAUGAAACCAGAAUACUGCAAGAAAGAAUUAAACUGGAGAAGGCAUUCCAGGACCAGAUCUUGGCCCAGAAUGAUAUCCUACUCCUAGAAAAAAGGAAACUUCUAGAACAAGUCACCAAUCAAGAAGAACUAAUCAGCAGCAACAAAAGCAUAAUCUCUUCAAUCCAGAGCAAAGCAUUUUUCCUGGAUAAAGAAAAUAAGCAACUACAGGAAAAGCAUUUCCAUCUCAUGCAGCAAGUUGUCCUCUUAGAGCACAGUUUAUGGAGCAUCCAGAUAAAAGAGGAAACAAUUAGUGACAUUCCUCAGCUUGAAUUAUUGAAUAAAAUACUGCCUUCACCAAACUCUAGUUCCUCAGGAAUAGGUUUGGUAGAGUCAGCUGGAAGUCUUCAAGAAAAUGAAGAACAUAAGCCAGAAGCAGCAACGACAAUCCCAGAGUCCCCUGCGUCUCUUUCCCAUUCACAGAAUUCUGAAACUGGAUACAUAAAUGUGGCUUCUCUGAAACAGACACACAGCGUACAAGAACAAGACCAAAAGUCAAAACUAUAAAAUCACUGGUGACUGAGACUAUACUGAUCAAAACCUGCUAAUUUAAAGCUUGGACACAAACGUGGACUAUGAUACGGAGAAGAGUUUCCACAGAUCUCAGAUCUCUAGUAGACAGCAACCAAGAGUCUUCAAAAUUGCUGAUAAAUUCAUUAAACAAUUUCUAAAAGCUGGGGAUUUAGCUCAGUGGUUCUGGUGCCUGCCUUGCAAGCGCAAGGUCCCAAGUUCAAUCCCUGGUACCAAAAAAAAAAAGAGUAGAACAAUUUCUAAAAAUAGAUUUCUCAAGUUUGUUUGAUAUCCUCAGAUGCUUUGUAUUGCUCAAUGUAGUGAUUUAAAUUCAAUGAUUUAAUUAGGCUUCUCUUCAGCAGAACACAUUAUGGUUAACUCAGCAUUCCAUCUAAUUAUUAUGGAUAGUUUUUGUAUUUAAUUAUUAUCUAAAAGUAAAAAUAAUGUAUUUUUUAAACAAAAAAAGUCCUAUAAUUUUACUUUUUUUUUUUUUUUUUUUGGUAGUACUGAGGAUUGAACCCAGAGCCUUCACACUGAGCUAUAUCUCUGGCUCAUUUUAUUUUUUACUUUGAGAUAGGGUCUAAGUUGCUAAGUUUCCCAGGCUAGGCUCAAACUUUUGAUCCUCCUGCCUCAGUCUUGUACAGUGCUGGGAUUACAGGCAUGUGCCACCACAUCUAGCCCUAUAAUUCUACAUUCUUAACUAUUUUCAUUUUCGUUAUUUUCAUUUUCUUUUUUUCUGGUACCGGGGAUCAAACUGAGGACCUUGUGCUUGCCAGGCAGGUCAGGCGCUACUGAGCUACAUCCCUGUAUCCCAGAGUUAUUUUCAUAGUCUGAUUUCAUUUCAUUUCAUUUUUGGCAGUACUGGGGAUCAAACCCAGAGCCGCAUGCAUCCUGAGAUUCCUGAGUUUGAAGUAUUGAAUAUAGCCCCAGCCGUAGUUUGAUUUUUUUUUUUUUGCCGUAGUCUGAUUUUUAAUUUAAUACAUCAUGAAAACAUUGCCAAUAGCCAUGUGACAUUCCAUCAUGUUGAUGCCAUAUAAAUUACUUAGCCCUUCUUUAUUUUUUCUGCUGUUCUAAAAUUUUUUAUACAGAUCAGUGGGUUUCAUUUUAGCAGAUUCAUACAUGCUCAUAACAUACUUUGAUCAUUUCCAUCCCCCCAUCAACCUCCCUGCUAGUUUCACAUGGUGGGGGGUUGACACAUAUAUAUUCUGCUCAUAUCCAUCCUCCCUAUUGCCCAUUCUCAUACCCCCAUCCUCUUAUUCUAUUCCUCUUAUUCCCUUCCAGAAGGGAUAGUAGUAUCCCUUCUGCUUUCUUAGCAUCUUUUUUAGAUUCCACACAUUAGGAGAACAUGAGAUAUUUGUCUUUGAGUCUGACUUAUUUUGCUCAUUGUGCCUCAAUAAACACAGGUAUACAGGUAACCCCAUAGUAUACUGAGUUUAAUUUCUUCAAGUAUAUACCAAAGAGUGGUAUAGCUGGAGGGAGCAAAGGUAGCUAUACUUUGUUUUUGGGGUUUUGUUUUUGUUUUUGAGAAACUUCCUACUGAUUGCCACAGUAGUCAUACUAAUUUGCAUUCUACCAACAAAAUAGACAGGUUCCAUUUUCCUGGAUCCUCACCAGUAUUAACUGAUGUUUUUUCCUUCAGCAAUGGGGAGUAGACCCGGGGCUUUUGCACUGAGCUACAUCCCCAGCCUUUUUUAUUUUUUAUUUUUAUUUUGAGACAGUGGUACAGGAUUUUUAUGUAGAAAGGGGACACCAAGGCCUUUUUUCCAGGAAGCAGGUUUUUUUGUGCCAGCACUGACUCAGCAGAUCCGUAUCCAAAGGCUGAGUGCCCAAUAUAACAUAGUUGUACCUUUUUAUACAAUUUUUGUGUCUCUGUCUCCCUUAUAUAGGCAUACACUAACAUUUUACGUCUGGUUUGGUAUACAUUAACAUUCUGCUGUCUGAUUGGGUAUGACUUAUGCUAGAUUUACGUCAGAACUACACAUGCUACACAGACGCUAUCGCUACACUGUAAAAAGUUCCCACCCCAGAAAGGGACACUACCACAAGGUUCCACUAAAUUGCUAAAUUGCCCAAGCUGGGCUUGAAUUUAGGAUCCUCCUGCCUCAGCCACCCAGAGUGUUGAGUUGCAGGUGUAUGCUACCAUGUUCCACAUGUUUUUUGUAUUCUUGAUGGUAGCCAUUCUGAUUGGGGUAAGAUGGAAUCUCAAUGUAGUUUUGAUUUGUAUUUCCCUACUGGCUAAAAAUAGGAACUUUCUUCAUAUAUUUAUUACUGGCCAGAUGCAGUUCUUUUGAGAAGUGUUUGUUCAUUUGCUUAUUUAUUGAUUAGGCUAUUUGAUGUUUUUGUUGAGCUUUUGUUUUUGGGGGUUUUUUUGGUACGGGAUCAGUGAGUUCUUUAUAUAUUCUACAUAACCCUUUGUUGAAAGAUUAACUUGUAAAGAUUUUUUUCCAUUCUGCAAGCUGUCUUUUCACUCUAUUGUUUGCUUUGCUGUGCAGAAACUUUUUAAUUUGAUAUAGUCCUGUUUAAGUCUUGCUAUUAUUUCCUGUGCUACUGGAGUCCUAUUUAGGAAGUCUUUGCCUAUGCCUGUGGAUUCAAAUGUUUUCCCUAUGUUUUCUUCUAGUAGUUUUAAAGUUUCAGGUCUUAUACCUAGGUCUUUCAUCCAUUUUGAAUUGAUUUUUGUGCGGGGUGAGAGAUAAGGAUGUAGUUUCAACCUUUUACAUGUGGAUAUCCAGUUUUCCUAGUACCAUUUGUUAAAGAGGCUGUCUUUUCUCCAAUGCAUAUUUUUGGUUCCUUUGUCCAGAAUCAGAAGACUGUAGUUAUGUCGUUUUUUAAAUUUUUCCUGUGUCAUCUAUUCUUGUCCAUUGGCCUACAUGUGUAUUUUUGUGCCAGUAUUAUGCUGUUUUUGUUACCUUAGUUUUACAGUAUGAUUUGAAAUCAGGUAUUGUGGUGUCUCUAGCCUUGUUCUUUUUACUUAGGAUUGCUUUGGCUAUUCUGAGUCCUUUGUGUUUCUAUGUAAAUUUUAGGAUUGUUUUCUCUAGUUCUGUGAAGAAUGUCAUAUUUUCAUGGGGAUUGCAUUGAAUCUGUAGAUCACUUUUGGAAAUAUGGCCAUUUUGACUAUUAAUUCUGCCCAUCCAUGAAUAUGGGAGGUCUUGCCAUCUUCAGUUGCCUUCAACUUCUUUCUUCAGUGUGCUGAAAUCUUCAUUGUAGAGCUCUUUCACCUCCUCAGUUAGAGUCAUCCUUAGGUAUUUUAUUUAUUUAUUUAAUUUGGGGGGGGGCGGGUACCAGGGAUUGAACUUGGGAACUUGCGCUUUUGAGGCAAGUGCUGGAACCACUCAGCUAAAUCCCUGGCCCCGGUAUUUUAUUUUUUUGAAGUUAUUGUGAAUGAAGUUGAUUUCCUGGGAGUUUUUUUCCCAGCUGGCCCAUUAUUGGUGUUUAGUACAGCAUUUAAGUGUCGAGUCUGUAUUCUGCUACAUUGCUAAUUACAUUUACAUGCUCUAAAAGGUUUUUUGGUACAAUUUUUAGGGUCUUUUAAGUGUAGGAUCAUAUCAUCUGCAAACAAGCAUAAUUUUACUUCUUCCUUUCCUAUUUGGAUUCCUUUUUUCUUUUGCCUAAUUGCUCUAGCUAAAAUUUCAAGAACUAUAUUGAGUCAGAGUGGUAAGAGUAGACAUCUUGCCUUGUUCCUGACGCUUAGCCCUUCUCUUGUUAUUUGACUUUUUAAUUCUAUUUAAGAUUAUGCUAUUUUAGUAUAAUCUGAUGAAGGUCUAGAGCAUGUAUUUCUUUUCUUCUCUUGAGUUACUCCAGAAAACAAAUUCACAAGAUUGGCAUUGGAUAUCAAUGUUAAUAUGGCUCUGGUACCGUCACUUAUUGUAUUGCUUUAAAAUGGCUUCCCUAAGGCCUCAAUUUCUUAAUAAAAGGGAAUAACAAUACCUAUCCCAUAGGAUUGUGAGACCCAAAUGAAACAGAAGUAUGUAAAGUUUUUAGCACUAUUAACUGCUUAAUGCUGGCUAUCAUUUAUUUUCACUAGUAGUUUAUGAGUGGACUAGUUUUUCCACAACCUCAUCAACAUCAGAUAUUCUCAAUUUAAAAAUUUUAUUGUAAGGGCCAGGGAUUUAGCUCAAAUGGCGCUGUGCCUACCUUGCAAGUGCAAGGUCCUGAGUUAGAUCCCUGGUAACUGCAAAAAAAAAAAAAAAAAAAAAAUCAAUCAAUAAAAAUUUUAUUUUAAAA